AUGGGAUGGCGUUUGUUUUGCGGUGCCCUGCUGGUCUGCCUGGGCGGCGCCUGCAUUUCGCAAGUGGGCCGAGCGCCAAGUCCUUCGUUGCCUUAUGAGGGCCUGGGAGCCAUAGCUGGGCUCUUCCUUGGAGUUGUUCAUGUUCCUGAAGAUUCAGCCGGCAGAUACUUCUCCAGCUUUUCCUUCGGAUGCAGGGUGGCAUUUUGCAGUGCUGUUGCCUUUCUUUCGGCAUAUGCGGCAGCCUAUCCAUGGUUGCUGAUACCAAAGCUGGGACCUCUGGAACACCACAGGGUAAUGGUCUUGCGCUGGCAGCAAGUGCUCGCUCUGGCCGCAAUGUCCUCCAUCUGGGUGUUUUGCAUCCUCAAGAAGCACCCGCGUUCCGCCUACGCGCAUGACGCAAAGUGGUGCAUGUUUGGGUACUGGCUCGUUACGCUUGCCUUCCAGGUCGCCGAUGUCUGCUGGGCAUUUGGCUUGAGCAGCGGCUUGCCCUCAUGGACUGCAUGUGGUUAUGCCAUCGAGAGCGUUGUCAUCGGUUGGAUAGGCUACAUCUUCCAGAUCCGAAUGACGGGAAUCAGAUCCCGCUCUACGGGCUCGUAUCGACCAACCAUGUGCAUGCUCCUGCUCGGCGGGGCCUUCUUUAUCAAUGCAUUCAGCGACGCGUUGCUACGCGCAAAAGUACUGCCUCUUGAACUUGUGCUCAUCCCGAACGUGCUGUUCGUUGCCAUGUGGUCCGUGUACACUGCUCUUGUGUGCAUGAGCUUGGUGCGCAAACGGUCCUUGGCACUGCAAGAGGUCAGGCGAGUAAGAGGAUUUGCCAGGCAGCAGGCCAGGUGGGCUGCUCGGAUUCUUGGAUUGGAGCUGUUGACGUGCGCAGUGGUGGGAGUGACAACUUGCUCCAAAUGGCUUCCCGUAGUUGUUCUGCAUUCUAUGCAGUUGCUUUCACGCCCUCACAAGUUGGACAUGAGCAAUCAACUGUACCUUGCAGUGUUCUACUACUUUCCGUCUAUAGCCAGCCGCUGUGACCGGGUCAUCAAUUCGCUGGGUUUGGCCAUCCUUUCUGGGAUUCUUUGGCAGGAGGCCCCUCCUCAAGGAGACGACGAAGAGUUUCGGAGAAGCGCAAGCGCGCGUGGCUUGGCGUCCAUGGCAAAGCUGCUGAAUAGCCGCGAGCAGGAAGUGUACCAAGAUGUCGUGGCGCAGUUGGGCCGCCGUGGCUUUCGCCUCAGCUCGCUCCUGAAUUUCUGGGGCCAGCUGGUCGAAGAGGACAGACUGAUGCCAGGUUUCGAUCCGCAGCGCUCGUUGACAAACGACGUGGUGCGUCAGGCCAUCAUCCCCCAGUCCCGCUUGGGGGAGGAUGGGUAUGCCUUGGCGACCCUCUGGUGCCCUGAAGGGUUACAGCCGCAAGUGAUGGUGUCGCAUAACUGGACCAAUAGCUUCAGGAACUUGGUGGCUGCCAUACUGGCAGAUAGGCUGGGACACCGGGUUCACGGGGAGGUUGCUGAGCAGAUUUCCGUCGCCACGGGCGUCGCCCAAGUCCGUGCCCAGCUGGCUGACAAGCUGGACGCCACUUACUGGGUAUGUGCCUUUUCCAUCAACCAGCACGCGAGCAUCUGUGCUGGAUUCGGUCCAGAACCGCCGCAGAACAGCCCCGAGUGGAAUUCCUGGCACGCGAAGACACUUGAUUCCGUCACUGGCAGGGUCUUCCCCUUGUGCGGCUGCAGGGUCGAGAAGGUGUUUGAGAGCACGGAUGGCAGGUGCGAGCUCAACAAGUUCGAUGACAUGAUGGCGCAUCUUGCUAACACGGCGACAGACUUCAGGCAGCUAGUUGUUGUGGAUGACCGGUUCGACCUGUUCUACCGUGCGUGGUGUGUCGCUGAGAUCUUUGAGGCCAGCGCUCUCCGCAUGCAGUCCAACAUACAGGUUUCAUCCCAACAAGUUGUGGACCUCAACUAUGACAGACUCUCGCUCCUAGAUGUCAGGCAAUGUGCUGCCUCGUCCCCCAAGGACAAGGACAUGAUCAUGGCCAAGAUUUUCGAUGUGCACGCGUUUAAUUUUAAGAUGCAGGAGCUUGUUUUUGGCACCGAAGCCGGUUUGUUUGCGGAGUGGGUUGAUGGCCGGGAGCGCUCCCGGCAGGUCGGCAGAAUUCUACGCCGCUGCGCACUAGGCGCUGACAGUGCCGGAGGUCAUCAGGCGGCCAGUUCCUGUCGGUGCUGCACCUGGCUGUUCAGGACAGCUAGCAGCAGCGACACAGAGGAGUCAUCACAAGAAUGGUCAGAUUCUGCGUCAAGCUACAGCGGGUGA